UUAAGCUUGUAAGAAAGGCGGAACGACAGAGAGGGCGAAAACGGAACAAGCAAAGGGCUCUUUCUCUUUCUAUUUCUAUUUCUUGCGCCAUAUUUUUCGUUUGUUUGCAAAAUCAACUAACCCUCUCCUCUCUUCUCCUCUCUCUCUCUUUUCUCUUCUCUUCUUAACCAUCAAGCAACCGCGUGCUUUUCGCCGCCUCUCUCCUCUCUCUCUCUCUCUCUCUCUAUCUAUCUCUAUGGUUCUAGAGAGAGAAACUCUUAUCAUCGAUAAUCUAACACGUUCCAUUUAUCAUCUAACAUUCAAUAAUCAAUUAGUAGAAUAUUAUCAAAGACUGACACAAUGAACCAACUCUUGUCUCUUCUGUUUUUGUAAAUUGUAACAUCAUCUUGCUUGGGAAUAUCUGAAGAUAGUGUAGAAAUUUUGAGAUUCGUUACAUCGAACAAGUUCAUGGCCGUGUAUAAGCGUGCGAUUCGAUUAGGUAUUAACAAUGGCUUUUGCUUGGCAAAACUGCGAGGGUUUGAUGGCUCAAAGGUGUCUGCUGUUGCGGAGAGGCUUCACUUGGAUGGCUCUUCAAGGAAUCUUGGCGGUUCUUUGUCUUCAAAUUCACGCAUAAGCAGAAUCGAUUGUAGGCAGAUCUCUCAACUUGUGAAUUCUAAUGGAAAGCGCGCAUUUCUUGUCGAUACAUUAGCUCUGGUGAGAAGUUUAGAGGCAGAAGGUGUGCCUUCGAAACAGGCUGAGGCAAUAACAGCUGCUAUUACUGAAGUUUUGAAUGACAGCUUGGAAAAUGUGGCUCACUCGUUUGUUUCAAAAGCAGAAAUGCAGAAAACAGAGAUGCUUCAAGAAUCCAAUCUAUCAAAGUUUAAGUCUGAAGUACAAAGUUCUCAGGAGCAUCAUUUCUCUUUGUUGCAACGUGAGACUGAAAAGCUUCGUAGUGAUAUAGAUAAAAUGCGCAGUGAACUUAGGUAUGAGAUUGACAAGGUCACUGCAGGCCAGCGUUUGGAUUUAAAUCUCGAGAGAGGGCGCAUACGUGAUGAGCUUGCCAAUCAGAAUGCAGAAACCUCAAGCCUUACUAACAAACUUGACCGAGAAAUUCAUGCAUUAAGGGCCCAUUUGGAAGCGGCAAAGUAUGAUGUGAUCAAAUAUUGCAUAGGUACCCUCGUGUCCAUCUCUGCAGUUGGUCUUGCUGUAGUCCGAAUCCUAUUAUAGGGUUACAUUAGGUAGGAACACUUGAAAAGGAAUAUAAUUUGACAUUCUUUACAAGGGCGUUGUUUGCCCUAAAAAAUCACCAAUUUUAGUGUGUUUGUUAGAUAGUCAUUAGACAGAAGUGGCGAAUUGCAAUUGGUUGAAAAACUGAAAAUUUUAAUAGGUUGUCAAACAGUUAUUGUUCAAAAAGAUGCAAAUCCCAUCUGGCUGGAAACUGUUGUCAUUACUCCUUCGCCGGAAGGCACCUUUUUUUAGAUUGUGUACUUCCAAAACUACCACUACUUUGAAGAUGCUAAAAAUAUGGAUGGUUAGUGGAUA